UUACCCAAAUUAUCAUACAUUUCUAUUCAAAAAAAUGGCUGUAACUUGGAUGUUUUGCAUUGCUAGUCUUCUCUCUUUCUUGACGAUCGUCGAAUCAAAGGUUCGCGGUGUUUACACCGCGGGUCCUUGGCAGAGCGCUCAUGCCACCUUCUAUGGUGGCUCUGAUGCCUCUGGCACUAUGGGUGGUGCUUGUGGAUAUGGAAAUUUGUACAGCACAGGAUACGGAGUGAAUAAUGCAGCACUGAGCACAGUACUUUUUAAUAGUGGACUAAGCUGUGGUGCUUGUUUUGAAAUAAAAUGUACCGAUGAAAAAUGGUGCAACCCGGGUAACCCAUCCAUUUUCGUAACGGGUACAAAUUUCUGCCCGCCAAAUUACGCUUUGCCUAAUGAUAAUGGAGGUUGGUGCAACCCGCCCCGGCCCCAUUUCGACCUUUCCAUGCCCGUGUUCCUCAAAAUUGCACAGUAUCAAGCCGGUAUCGUCCCAGUUACCUAUCGAAGGGUUCCAUGCAAAAAACAAGCAGGAAUAAGAUUCACAAUCAACGGUUUCAAUUACUUCAACAUGAUCAUAGUGACUAACGUGGCAGGUGCUGGUGAUAUCCAGCAAGUUCAAGUUAAAGGUACUAAUACCAAAUGGAUAAUUAUGAGUCGAAACUGGGGGCAAAAUUGGCAAUCCAAUGCCAUGUUAACUGGUCAAGCACUUUCAUUUAAAGUCAAAACAAGUGACCAUCGCUAUGUUACCUCAUACAACGUGGCACCUUCUAAUUGGCAGUUUGGACAAACUUAUGAAGGCAAAAAUUAUCGAGUUUAAAAUAAAAUUUACCUCACAAAUUGAAAAGAAAUAAAUUACUAUACACUAUAUACUUAUUAGUACCCCUACCUUCAAUUUUUCUCUUUUUUAAUGAGAUAAAUUAUAGGUAUACGUGGAAUUAGUUUAUUUUCAUUUUAUUUUUAUUUUUUUAAGAUGUUGAUGUGGUUGCAGAAGGAUUAAUAUUAGAAUUAAAAUGUAGCCAACAGUUCUAUUUAAUGUAAUGGGAAUAAUUAUAUAUUGUCUA